AGGGGAGAGAUAUUCCAUCCCUGAGGGACUUUCCCCUGAGCUCCUUCCUCCAGAGAGAGGUUGUUUUCCAGCCACCAGCUCCCUCCCUCGUGCCCCCCAUGUGUCAGUGGAGUAAUGCUGAGGUUUCUGAGGGCACCUGCAUGGUCCCAGCUCUCACGAGGGGAAAGCGAACAUGAUCUGCGGUUUCCUGCUGACUCUAUAAAUCCUCCAGUACUGAGGCACGAGCACUGUCACUUUCCCCAGAUGGUGACGAUGCUGAUUCUGAUCCUGCUGCCCGUGGCCUUUCUCCUGCCCCCCGGUGCUGGGGCUGGUGAGAUCAUCGGGGGCCGGGAAGCCAAGCCCCACUCCAGACCCUACAUGGCCUAUCUGGAAAUACAACGCAAAGGGGACACCUAUAUCUGCGGAGGGUUCCUGGUGGCAAAGAACUUCGUGCUGACGGCCGCUCACUGCAAUGGAGACGAAAUCACUGUCCAGCUGGGAGCCCAUAACAUUAGUGAACAGGAACGGAGCCAACAAAAAUUCUCCGUGCGCCACCGGAUCCCCCACCGGCAGUACAACGAGACAACCCUGAACAAUGACAUCAUGCUGCUGCAGCUGGCGAAGAGAGCGAAGCUGAACAGAUGGGUGGAUACCAUCGCCCUGCCCCGCGCCAGCAAGAGAGUAAAGCCAGGGACCGUGUGCAGUGUCGCCGGCUGGGGCGGCACUAGCACAGAGAGUGAAUCAUCCCCCGCCACUCUCCAGGAGGUGGACGUGGUGGUGAUGCCGGAUGCCGCAUGUCCGAGGAAGCCUAAUGGGCCAUACAGCGACUAUAAAUCGUCCACCAUGAUGUGUGUGGGGGAUCCAAAGACGGGCAAAGACUCUUGGACGGGCGAUUCUGGAGGCCCCCUGGUGUGCGGGAAAACAGCGCAGGGCGUCGUCUCCUGGGGGCCACCCACCCCUCCUGGGGUGUACACUAAAGUCUCCACCUUCAUCCCCUGGAUACGGGCGACGAUGAGGAGGCUGCAGCCCUGAGCCAAGCCGGGAAUAGCUGCAGGGCCCGGAGCUGCGUCAUUUCUGUUCUUUGCUGAUGCCCAGAUGUAGGGCCUGCUUUGCAAAUUGGCUGAGCCCCCCUCUCCCCAGGAUAGCCCCCCCUCCAUUGCUCCACUCAGGCAGUGCCCAGCCCAUGAGCAUCAAGGCACUGGGCCUCGGGGAGUUAGGAACCAGGUUCAAGACCAGCUCCUAUCCACUCUCUUGGCAAUCCCAAAACAGAGCCUUAGGCUGCCUCUUUGCUAGGGAAACAGCUGUUUCCCCCCCCCCCCCGGGGGUAACGGACACAAGCCAAACCCUGGGGCAGACCCGGCGGUUGUAGCUCUCCCCCAUGUCAGCUGGUCGAUGACCAUUUAUUGAGGGAUCUUCAUUGUUAUCUAACCUGCUAAAGCCUGUGAAAACUGCAGCCUGCCCUGUCCUCACUGGGCCUAUCCCCUGGGUUAGUUCAUCGGGCUGCCACCGCCCGUUCCAAACACACCUGUUCCCAGCGCUGGUGAGGCCAGUGGGAAGGGAACGCAGAGAAGGCUGCACUGAACUGAUUGCAGAUCAAUCCCCGGCGCUGAUUCCUCCUUCCCACCUUUCCUGCCCCACCCUGCCGCGCGGCCUGCUGCCUUUCGCUCACUGCUCCAUUGCCAGCAAUGAAUAAAAAUGA